AUGCCGGCUGAAGCUGCAGCAGAAGCUCUCUCUUCUUUGUACCGAAUUCGUCAUCAUAAUCCCGCUGCUGCAGCGGGGGAAAACCUCGACUUGGUUGACGCAGCUACGGCCACUUCAAUAUUAGUGAGACUGACGACUUCAACGGUGAUAGAUGGAGAGAAAUGCAGUCCCAUCAUGCUUCCGAGUAGAUUUUGUGACCCUGUAGGAGAGUCUAUCGUCAACUGUAUUCUCCGGAGUGCUACUACUGGUCGUCAUUUGUCUACCAGAGACCUCGACCGGGCCAGUCAGUGUUUGUCUGGGCUAGCCCGGCUGCAGCUUAGGCCCGCUGAUACCGAAGCACUCGAGCGCUGUCUGGCCCACGCGAUAACCAACUCGAUGUCGUCAAAGAAUGUUCCGUUUUUACUUAGCAUUUUUCACAGUAUGUGGAAACUCGACUUGAAGAAAGCUGCAUUGUGUAUCAGUGAAAGCAUCAUGAAGGCUUUCUGUGAGGUGGAUGCCGUUCGCGCUGUAUAUUGCGCGGCUUGCUCGAGCGUGCCUCCAGCCCGUAGUUUCCUCCCAUUGGCGUUGCUGCCUACGAAGUUGACUGCAGUAGAGUCGUCCCAGUUGAUAACAGCUUUAUCGGUUAUGCAUCUCGACUGCCUUCGAAUGAGUGAUACACUGAGCCUCGAUGAGCUCAGGGCCUCUCUCGCUUUGUAA